CUAACUGGUGUAAUUGGGCGAGCAAUUAGCGGCGCCUGCGCAGCUCUGCUCAGCAGCAGCCGCACUCCUCGGGAUGACGGCCGGCGCGCUGCUGGUUGCCGCUUGCGCGUUGGUGGCGGUGGCGGCGUAUGGGGAAGGAGAGCUCCGGCGCGGCGUGCCGCUGGGCGGCUCGCUCAGCUCGGUGGGCGCGGGCGCGGAGCGGGCGCCGCCCGUGUACCGGCCCGGCGCGCAGGCGUACGUGGUGUCGCAGCUGGUGAAGCCGCGGCCGCCGCACGAGUACUGGCAGGAGGAGACGGCGCAGGCGCUGGCCGACAGCCGCAACUGCCUGCUGUGCGAGGCGCAGGACUCGGGCGCCUGUCGCGCCAUGCCGUCGUGCGUGCACUGCGAGCCCACCGUCACCGCGCUGGCCGAGCGCAGCACGCCGUGUCUGCGCUGCAGCGUGAUCAAGAACCCGUUCUUCAAGUGCGUCCCCGGCGAGAAGUACAUGGACGAGUGCGACUCGUGCCGCUGCACGGACGGGCACGGCGGCCGCUGCACCGACCAGUACUGUGAGUUCCGAGCUCUGCACCUGUACGCGCUCAAGCUCUCCGACGGAGAGUUCUACUAACGGCGCUGCCACGUGGCGGCCAAGGCCACCACUAUAUAAUUAAUGUAGUCAAUUUUAAAUAUAAACCUGAAACCAUUAAA